AUGCGUUCAAAGAUGAUUCGCUGCAAGCGCUGCAAGAACCGUUUUAUCGAAAGGAACAUCUACGAGCGGCACUUAAGAGACAAGCAUCCGGAGGAUUAUACGGUCUACAUUGAGGAACAGGAAGCGGAAAUGGAACAACAGCGGCAAGAAGAGAUUGAGGCAAAUCGUAUUGAGGAAUUGCAAACCGGUGGAUUUAUCCCACCAGAAUCGGAGAUCGAGGCUUCAUCUUUCGAAGUUCGCAAGUUAAUGCGUUCAAAGAUGAUUCGCUGCAAGCGCUGCAAGAACCGUUUUAUCGAAAGGAACAUCUACGAGCGGCACUUAAGAGACAAGCAUCCGGAGGAUUAUACGGUCUACAUUGAGGAACAGGAAGCGGAAAUGGAACAACAGCGGCAAGAAGAGAUUGAGGCAAAUCGUAUUGAGGAAUUGCAAACCGGUGGAUUUAUCCCACCAGGAAUCGGAGAUCGAGGCUUCAUCUUUCGAAGUGGAUGUCGAGGGGUUUCGCCACAGUGCCCAUUCUGCGAUAAACGGUUUCGCAAUGAAUACUCGUUGAAGAAGCAUUUCAUAAAGAAGCAUUCCGAAAUGGUUGAGUUCAAGCAGUGUACUAGGUGUUUCAAAUGUGUGAAAGAUGACGAGGAAAUGGAAUCUCACCUUUGUGAAUUGACUUUCAUCUGCUUCGAAUGCACACCUAUUCGGAACCUAUGUAGCGAUGUACGAUUGCUGAAUCAUCGGAAGAAGUUCCAUCGAGGGGCCAAUUCUGGAUUCAAAUGUAACCUAUGCAAUCUGAAGUUCUUGACGCCGAGGAAGUUGCGCAAACAUAAAAAGAUGUCGCAUGUCUUCACAAAAACGUACCAGUGUCAUUUCUGCGAAGAGAUAUUCAUCAGUGAAGUGGCGGUGAUGACGCACGAACGGAUUCAUACUGGCAUUAUCAAAUUCGAAUGUCGGAUUUGUGACUUUAAAGCCAAUCGCUUCAUCCAAAUGGAAGAGCACCGUAAAAACGAACACGGCUAUAUUUGUGCCAUUUGUCAAGAACGAAUGGCUGAAUGGAGUGAUAUGAAACAUCACACGCUGCUUAAGCAUGGUGGCUAUCUGACUACUGAGCAGAACGCAGGUGAGCUCAACCUUCCGGCAGUAUGUCUUUGA